CCCUCAGCUUUGGGGGCCCCUGAUCUGUGGCCUGCUCCCCCUGGCUGAGGGGCUGUCCGAAGGCCGGGCCAGAGCGCAUUGUGAAGUGGCCGGAGCGUCACAGGCACGGAGCCGGGGGGAUCUGAGGGCGCGCGGAAGAGCCCCCGCAGCGCCGCGGAGCCAGGACCCUCUGGCCACACUCUGGUCGUGAGCAUGGAGGGCUUGGGCCGCGUCUCCCCGAGCUUCCUCCUGGACCCGGGCGGGGAGUGCGCGGCGGCGGCGCGGCGGCGCGGCCCCGGGACCGAAACCAACUUUUGCCUGGGCUCUGGGGGCGCCGCCCCGGGGUCGGGCGGCGAGGCCGGGGCGCCCUGGCCGCACCCAUGCUGCGCAAACACCGCGCGGCCUCGCCGGCGCAGGUGCCCAGACUCGCCUCGAGAGAGCCACAGCCUGACCGACGUGGCGGCGAGACCCCCGGAUCGCGCCAGGAGGCCCCGGCCCCGCGGACGGCGCCUGGAGGACGUCUGGGGCGAGCCCGGGCCCAAGCCCCAGCCCGGGGGCAGCGCGCACAGCCCGGCCUGGCGAUGGCAGCCCGGCCUACAGUUCCGAGGGCCUCGGCACUGCCCUCCGACCCAAGUAGACUCGCCUCCACCUCACCCCGAGGGAGCGUACAGCCCCCUGAACGGGACCUUCGGGGUGGAGAGGGCGCAGAGCGGAGACCAGUGGGCAGUGCCGUUGUGCGGAGGGCCGGCUCACUGGUCCCUAUCCUCGGCUGUGUCCGAGAAGUCUUCCGUGCGGUCCCAUGAGUUCAGGGCGCAGUCGGCCUGCGUGAGCGCCCACAAGCGGGAAGGCAGUGACCCCGUGGAAUCUUUAGCCAGCCAGCCCUGCCAGCCCUCAGUGCCCAACAAGGCGCUGCAGAGCCUGCACACCCAGCUCCUCAAGAACAAGCUGGAGGAGGCGAUCAUGUCCUCCAGGGACCAGAAGAUCGUGGCCCUGGUGCUGACCCGGCUCAAGAAGGCGCAGAGGAUGCGGGAGCUGCAGCAGCAGGCGGCUGCGGCCUGGGAGGAGCUGAAGCGCUCGGACCAGAAGGUGCAGAUGACCCUGGAGCGGGAGCGCAAGCUGCUUCUGCAGGAGAGCCAGGAGCAGUGGCGGCAAGAGCGGCGCGUCCGACGGCGCGACGGCCCCGCGGGGACCGUCUCCAGGUCGGAGCGCGAGUGCGGGGCGCGGCCGGAGGAGGAACGGAAGGGGGCCCGCGCGGAGGCCCAGCCCGCCCCCGCCCCCGCCCCCGCCCCCGCGCCCGCGCCCGCGCCGGCGACCCGCAGGCAGAGCGGCGAGCUGCGCUUGCAGGAGCCCGAGAGGACGGCGCAGCCGCUGGAGAGGCGGGAGCGGGCCGCUCCCCGGAAGAGCCUGAACACCCUGGAAACCCAGAAAAAGGCGCAGGAGACCAACCUCAGCUCCCUGGUCAACUACCAGGCCCGGAAGGUCCUCCUGGACUGCCAGGCCAAGGCCGAGGAGCUGCUGAGGAAGCUGUCCCUGGAGCAGAGCUCCCAGCGGAGCCGAGAGGCGCAGCGGGGCCUGGCGAAGGAGAGCGCGCGGGAGCCGCGGCCGCAGGAGGAGCCGCCGCAGCAGGUGCGGCGGCGCGCGGAGGCCGAGGAGCGGGCGCGCGCGCACCGGCGGCUGCUGGCGGAGCUGGCCGAGCGCAGGGCGCGGCGGGCCGGGAGCGGCGGGGACAGGGCGCAGCGCGCGCGCGAGCUCAGCGUCCUGCGGGAGAAGAACCAGCGCGUCCUGAAGCUGAAAGCCGAGAGGGAGGAGAAGUGCCACGUCGAGGGCAUCAAGGAGGCCAUCCGGAGGAAGGAGCAGAGGGUGGAGCAGAUCUCCCGGGAGCGGGACAAUGCGUUCCAGGAAUUCCAGAAGCUCUCCAGGGCCUCCCAGAGGGACCAGGCGCGCGCGCUGGCCGGCAGCUUCCUGGACCUGAGGGCGCGGGAGGAGUCGCAGCCCAGGGCGGGGCCGCAGGGCUGCGGAGGGCGGGUGCGGGGGCCUGCGGACGCAGGCCUAGCGGUGCCUGGUAAUCCGGUUAUAACUGAGCGUUGAUUUGAGAAAGUAUAUAAAAUACUGCAGUGUCCUCUCA